AUGGGACAAGCUAAGAUCUACUAUGACUCUGACGCGGACCUAGGUGUCCUCAACAGGAAGAAGAUUGUUUUCCUCGGCUUUGGAAAUCAGGGGUCUGCACAAGCUCAGAACCUACGUGACAGUGGCAUCCCUAAUGAUCAAAUCCUGAUUGCCAACCGUGUGGAUUCAUAUGCUGAGACUGCGAAAGCCAAAGGUUUUCACGUCGAGCAUGACUUCGCAACAGCUGCCGAAGUUGCAGACGUACUAUUUAUCCUGAUACCUGACCAGGUUCAACCCCGCGUGUUUAACGAGCAAUUCUCGCCCAAAAUGAAGAGUAACGCCACCAUCGUUGUUGCUUCGGGUUACAACGUUUUCUUCAACUUGUUAAAGUUUCAGUCAGGGCAGGAUGUCGUGAUGGUCGCUCCACGGAUGAUUGGCUCUUCGGUGCGCUCUCUCCAUGAAAAGGGCCGCGGUUUCCCUUGUUUUGUUUCCGUCGAGCAAAACGGAACCGGCAAAGGCUUGGAUGUAGCUCUUGCACUCUCCCGUGCCAUUGGUGCAACCAAACAGGGAGCCAUUGCUUCGUCAGUGCGGGAAGAAACUGCGAUGGAUCUCUUUGCUGAACAGGCUCUCUGGCCCAACAUCAUUAUGAUGUUCAGGGAAGCUUUCAAUGUCCUCAAGGAUGCUGGGUGCUCUGACGAGGCUCUUUGCUACGAAAUGUGGAUGUCGAAAGAACCCGCAGAGAUCUUCGAGCGAGCUGCAGAUGAUGGUUUCGUCGCACAGCUCAAGCACCACUCUACAAUCUCACAGUAUGGUCAACUGGGUGGUUCACUCAAGCUCGGAGGAGAGGCCAUGCGGGAACACUUCAAGGACAUCCUGGAUAAUCAGAUCUUGAACGGCAAGUUCUGCGAGGCUUUCAGCCAGAUUGAGGGUGAUCUUGACAAGGAGGGUGAUACUAAUCCCCUCAAUGAGCUGUACAGACGAUCGGAGGAGAUGGAGCUCGUCAAGGCUGAGAAGCGCGUCAAAGCGAGGUUGGCUGGGCUUUUGUAG